AGUAAAACUACCGAACAAAUUUACCAUGGCGAGGUUAAUCUUUUCUUUACGUCGGUGUCAUUCACACCUUGAAGCACAAAUGCAACUUCUUCCAUCUCUGCUGCACAAGAGAACAGUGACCGGUAUGCACUGGGAUCGCGAAGUGGACGUUGCCGUUAUUGGCUCAGGCCUUGGCGGAAUGACGUCAGCUCUGUGUUUAAAAGAGAUGGGGAUCGAUAGAAUUGAGGUUUUCGAAAAAGCAGCCAAAUUUGGGGGUGCCAGCGCUGUUUCUGGUGGCGGUAUAUGGAUUCCAAAUAGCCAUUACGCUAAAGCCAGUGGAUCACAAGAUUCCGUUGAAGAUACAAAAACUUAUCUUGACAGUAUCAUAAACUAUAACGAAGUCCCCGAAGAGCUUGUGGACAGCUACAUUGAAAACGGGCCGAAAAUGUUGGAAUUUGUUACAAGAAUGGCAUCGGAAGUUAAGUACGUCUCCCUGGAACACUAUCCCGAUUACCACUCCCAGAGCCCAGGCUCCCGCACAGGCGGCCGUUCACUAGAACCCAUGCCACUAAACUGGGAUGAGCUUGGUGAUGACAUGGGCGCAAUACAAGAAAGUCAUUUUGAUAACUACAUACUUGACCGUUGGCUUUUCACCCAAACUGAAGCCCAUCACCUUAUCACCCGCACACCUGAAGCCUGGAAAAUUGUGGGAAGAGAAUUGGCACGAUAUUUCCGUGACACGUUUUGGCGCAAAAGGAACAACACGAAAAAGUCGCGUCGUUUGACACUGGGCAUCGCGGGUAUCGCGCGCAUGUUUCUCGCCUUGAAGAAUCGGCAUAUUCCGGUGACGCUCAACUGCGCGAUGACCGGGUUGAUAACGGAAAGUUCAGGAAGGGUAAUCGGUAUCAAAGCGAAACACUGCGAUCGAGAUAUAAACAUCAAGGCUGAAAAAGGCGUCGUACUUGCAACGGGAGGCUUUGAGUAUAACCCUGAUUUACGCAAGAAGUAUCUGCCAAAGCCAAGCUCCGCAGAGUGGUCAGCAACUGGCAUACGGACGAACACUGGUGACGCCUUACUCGCGAGUUUGUGCCUUGGCGCAAAAACCCGGUUGCUGGACAGUGCCUGGUGGGGUAGUACCGUGAAAGCACCCGACGAUCCAUCAUCGCGCCUUUUAAUCAUUCCAAAAACCCUGCCUGGUUCUAUUGUUGUCAAUAUGCAAGGAAAACGAAUUGCGAACGAGUCGAAAAACUACAUGUCUUACGGAAAGGAGUUUUUCGCUUCACAUAGUGAUGCUAGUCCCAACUAUCCCUCUUAUCUGGUGUUCGACAGGCGCUUUCGCGAGCUUUAUUACAUAGGACCUUUGAAGACUAAACAUCUCCUCCCUGACAAACGUAUCCCAAAUGACUACUUCACCUCGGGCUUUUUGGCGAUAGAGAAGAGCAUUGAUGCGUUGGCCGAUAAACUCGGUAUCGAUAAAGUUGGCCUAAAUGCGGAGAUCAAUAAGUUUAAUGAUUUUGCCAAAACCGGAAAAGAUGAGGAUUUUAAACGUGGAGAUACGGUUUAUGAUCGUUACUAUAGCGACCCAAAUGUCACGCCUAACCCUUGUCUUCACUCAAUCAAUCAAGCGCCAUUCUAUGCGAUGCGAGUGGAGCCGGGCGAUAUUGGAACGCAUGGAGGUAUGGAUACAAACAGUCAUGCGCAAGUUCUCAAGGAGGAUGGUAGUGUGAUUGAAGGUCUUUAUGCAAUCGGUAACUGUGCUGCAGCUAUCUUACCUAGUUACCCAGGUCCAGGUUCUACUUUAGGGCCAGCAAUGACUUUUGGCUACCAAGCGGCAAAGCAUAUUAGUGGAUUUGAACAUUAGGCGUUCCCUCUCUCAGCAAUGUGAUAAAGCGGAGGAGAACACAGCUGGAGAAUUCUUAAUCUAAUUUUUGGGAAACUAAAUGUUAAAUGCAUGUUCACAUAUUGCAUACUUCUGAUUAAAAGGUGCAUGAUUUAUGAUAGAGUUUAUCAAGUGUUAUCAUUAUUUAUCAUUAAGUUUCAGUGUAGUGGGACCAGAUUAUUUAGGAUCGCAAGUUACCACCAGGGGGAGAGGAAGUGGGAGAACUACCAGACAGUACCGUCAAAUUAAUACUCCACUACUCCUCUACAACUACUUCGCAACAGGACAAAAAAAUAAUCGUGGAUUAAUU